GGACUUGUCUUAUCUUCGUUUCAAGCAGCUCCCUUUCUGGCUCACAGCGCUUUCCAAGUUGCGAUACCUGGAUGUGACUCACGAGGCCAACCUGCGCACAGGGGCUGUGCCUCAGGACCUCUCGCUGCUCUCACAUCUCGAGUUCUUCAAGGCCAAUGGCAACGGGUUGGUGGGCUUCCUGCCUGAGUCGUGGGCGUCCCUCACCAACCUCACCACGCUGUCGCUCCAGUACAACCAGCUGGCGGGGUCCAUCCCUCGCCAGUUCUCCUCCCUCCGCUCGCUCAAGACCCUCAACCUCAACUUGAAUCAGCUCUCAGGGUCGCUGCCUGACGUCUUCAGCACCACCCUCGAGUCACUGCAGCUUAGGGGCAACAGGUUCCAGGGCAGCAUUCCCUCCUUCCUCGGCUCCCUCACUCUGCUCACCAACCUUGAGUUGAACAGCAACGCCUUCACAGGAGCCAUACCCGCCCACCUCACAGCACUCACUGGCCUCACUCAACUCUUCCUCAUGGGCAACUUCCUCUCUGCAGGCUUGGACGUGCCCAGCCAAAUGGACUGGCUCUACAUGCUGGACCUGACCAACAACAGCUUCUCUGGCUCUCUGCCCGCCUCCUUCUCCCGCCUCACCAGCCUCGAUGCCCUCAUCCUUGCGUAUAACAACUUUGGGGGAACUUUCCCAUCUGUCUUGCUGGCCCUCACCCAGCUGGGGCUCAUAGACCUCUCAUACAACAACUUUGAAGGACCCCUCCCAACCGAGCUCUCCUCCUUCAAAAACCUCAUGUACCUGUACAUUGAUCGCAACCACAUGGUGGGGGAGAUCCCUCCCGGCCUCUUCCUCUCACCCAACAUCAACGAGAUCUCCUUCGCAUACAACAAUCUGCAGGGCUCUCUCCCUCCCCACCUCAGCACAAGCACCUCUCUUGCCAUGCUCAAGCUGGAGGGCAACAGCCUGUCAGGGCCCCUUCCAGACUUCAACACCUGGCGCAACACCACGCUCAAUGCUCUGUACCUUGGUUUCAACAACCUCACGGGUCCCAUACCCGAUUCCAUCAGCGUUCUCUCCUCCCUCUACACCCUCACGCUGCAGGGCAACCAGCUGGCGGGCUCGCUCCCCUCAGGCCUCGCAGCACUCAAGAAGCUCAACGUGCUGUGGCUGGCAGACAAUUCUCUCUCGGGCCCACUCCCCGAGUUCCUGGGGGAACUGAAGGCCACCGUCCAGCUGCUGUUGGAUGGCAAUGCAUUGGAGGGGGAGCUGCCUGCAGGCAUCUGCAACCUCACGGCAUUAGAAGCCAUUGCCGUGCACAACAAUCGACUCUACGGCAGCUUCCCCACCUGCUUCUUCGACUUCCCUGCCCUUAACUACAUCGAUAUGAGCAACAACUCCUUCUACGGCCCAAUCAACCUCGAUUUCAUUGGCAUGAACCCCACACCCACGGACGGGGUCAGCACGCCAGCAGUCAUCAACCUCGCCCACAACUACUUUUACGGAGACCCCGUCGUGUACGCGGGGGGCUUUAAGGCGUGCCCCACCCCCCGCACCACCCGAAUCAACAUGUCAGAUUUGAACUCUCUGGGGGACAGCGCCGGGGGGAACAAGCGCGGGGACUCAAAUUCGCAGAGGGCGGAUCUGCAGUGUGUGCGGGCGUAUGCUGCUGUGCAGGCGAGCUAUAAGGGGAAUUGUCUGUCGGUGAACCGGCAGGUUAAGUGUGCUGUGACGGAGGUGCAGAGGGGUGCAGAGGAGUGCGCGGCGUUCUGCAGUGUGACGGACCUGGGCCCGUGCAAUGGGAGGGGGGCGUGUGUGCCGCCAGAGCAGGGGGAUUCUACUGGCGUGUUCAGGUGCUUGUGUGAGGCGCCAUACGUCACUGUCACCGUCUCUAAUGGCUCCACGUGCGCGCUCGCCACUGAGACCACCACGUCAUCGCUCUCCACAGCAGCCAUAGUCGGCAUCUCCCUCAGUUGCUUCGUGGGGCUCGCUCUGCUCGCAGCUGUGCUCUUCCUCCUUCUGCGCCCCAAACGGAGAAAGCACUGGGGAGACCUGGACGUGUGUCAGCAGUUUUCAAUCGCCACGAUGCGCAAGGCCACCAGCGACUGGGCAGAGGAGAAUGUGCUGGGCGAGGGGGGCUUCGCUGUUGUGUAUAAGGGCAUCAACCCCGCUAAUGGGCAGCCAUGGGCUGUCAAACGGAUCACUCUCAUGUCAAAUGACUUUGAAACGGAGGUGCGAGCCAUGGCCAGUCUGCAUCAUGCCAACCUGGUACGGCUGCUGGGGUUCUGUCACGACAUGGACAUGGAGAGCGGCCGGCAGGAGCAGAUCCUCGUGUAUGAGUUCGUACAGCAUGGCGACCUCUCCUUCCACCUCUUCAAGACUCAGAAGCCACUUUCCCUGCGGCAGCGGUUGAAGCUGGCGGUGGGGGCAGCGGAGGGGUUGGCAUAUCUGCACGGCUUUGAGAAUCCCAUCAUUCACCGCGACAUCAAGCCCGCCAACAUCCUCGUCGGGGACAACCUCACUGCCAAGGUGGCGGACUUUGGGCUGCUGAGGAAGCUAAAGUACGGGGAGGGCGAGGGGAGGGCGACCAAGGUGGCGGGCACGCCGGGGUACGUGGAUCCGGACUACAAUCGCACGGAGCUGGUUACCACCAAGAGCGACGUCUACAGCUUCGGGGUCGUGCUGCUCGAGCUGCUCAGCGGCCGCCGGGUCGCUGUGGACGGCGGCUCGCACAUCGGCAAAUGGGCGACCAAGUUGGUGCAGAGCUACACGCUCGACGAGCUCAAGGACCGUCGCAUGGACGCCUCAGAGAACGCCGUCGUGGAACUCGCAGAUCUGGCCCUUGAUUGCAUCAAGAUGCCCGGGAUCCGACGGCCGGAAAUGAAGGACGUGGUGAGGCGGCUCGACGCGAUGAUCCAGGUUCACACGGUGGAGGAGGAAGGCGAGAACGUGGUCGGGGAUCUCUUCUCAGCUUUCUCCGUUGGUUCGGCUGGGGAGGCUGGUUCGGCGGGCAUCGCUGGUUCGGCAGGCACGUUCGGUUCGGCAGGGACGUCUGGUUCGGCAGCCACGGGUGGUUCGAUGGGCACGUUUGGUUCGGCAGACAUGCCAGUGUCUGGGUCUACUGCUACAGGCGUGUCUAGCCACCAGAACGAGCGGUACAGUCAGAUGGCGGCGGAGAGGGAAGAUGAACGUAAACGGCAUUCCGUGUCGUCAAGUGCGGCAUCACAGAGCUACAUCAGCCGCACUCUCCCACUCGAGCUCUGUCCUCCUUAUGAAGCCGUCUCAGCAUUCCUUACUUGCAGUACCCUCGCCGUCUCGCCAAUGUCGCUGGUAACCCGCCAUCCGUUGCUGCAGGAAUGCGCGGAGGGGUCAGGUGCGCUCUUCAAUGCCACGUGGGAGCAGGGCGCGCUGACACGUGGCACAGUGAGAUGGACGCCUGCAAGCAACCGGUUCCUCCUGGCUCACUGCGUGCGAGGGCAGAUCACCAAUCGUCUGAUCUGCCUGCGCAACCACAUGCUGCUCGCAGGCCUGCUCAACCGCACCCUCAUAAUCCCUUUCCACCGCUCUGAAACCAUUCUCAACUACGACCUGCACUUAGUGCUCGACCUCGCCUACCUCAGGUCCUGCAUCGGCCCUACUGUCUUCACCACUGCCGAGUUCAGGAGAAAGUUCAGGCAGCCCGUUCAGGUGUCUCAGGUGGUGUGCUGGCACGGGCCGCCUGGGGCGUGUGCGGAUCAGAUUGAUAACAUUCUGCUGCACUGCCCUGGUCUUGACGAGAUGAGGAGAGUUGAUGGGAGCGGGAGCGGUGGGAGUGAUGACGCUUCUGCUGGUGAUGCUGCUGGUGAUGCUGGUGCUGCUGGUGAUGGUGAUGACGGUGACGGUGGUGGGAUGGCAGGGGAUGGUGGGAGUGGCAUGGUCACAGGCACGCCUGGGGCUGUGUUUGACACGGGGGUGCCUGUCUCCCACUCGCUCUUCCGCAGCCCCCUUGUGCAUCUUCCUCCCAACACCACCACCCACGCUGCCUGCCUGCCCAUGCUCGCCUCUCAACAGCAGGUACUGCGUGCCUGGGGCAGCAACCCUGCGCCCGUGCUUGUGGUGGGGGACCUCCUCAACCUGCACGUCUCCGCAGAGGGGGACGAAACUGUGGAAGAGGUAACGCCUGAGCAGUCAUCUGAAGAUGGAACGGAUGGAACGGCAACCAUCACCGCCACCGUCACCAGCGCACCACAGCCCUUUCUCGACCUGCCUUUCCACCGCUCAGCCGCCUGUCCCUCGCCCCUCCUCCUGCGCCCGCGCCCCGCGCUGCUGGAGAGCGCAGAGCUGCUGGUGGGGCGGCUGUUUGGAGGGCGGCCGUUCCUGGCGGUGCACUGGCGGCGGGGCGACUUCAAGCCGUGGUGCUUCUGGCGAGGACCCAAGCACGCGUGCUUUUACCCCGUGCACCAGGUGAGAGGCAGAGAUGAGGUUGCUUCUGUUGGUGUACUGUGUUGCGUUUCUAGAUGUCCCUCGUUUUUCCUGUUCAAAACUACUGUGCGAUCUCGUGGUAACAUCAUUCCUGGCGCUGGUGCUUCCCAGGUGGCGCACUGGCUUGUGAAGAGGGUACAGGAGAGCGCCAUUCAAGAUCUUUUCCUCGCCACCAACGCCAAGCUCAAGGAGGUGAGUGCUUGCUGCAUGGCACAGCCAAGAAGAUAA